ACAGCUUCUUCCCUUUCCAGCCGCAAUGGGUCUGUUCCACAAAGCGUGCGAUCGCUGUCGGUCUAGGAAAAGUCGGUGCCGAGUCGAAGAGUCGGUUGCCGAGGUUGCCUGCCAAUACUGCCAUUCCCGCAAUCUACCCUGUACUUUCAGCUACCAGAAACAUCGCCAACGGAGGAAGAACCCGGAUGAAAUCGUCGGAGCCGCAUCCUCCCGCGCGACGUCUGUAACCACUCCUCGUAUACCCCGGCAACUUAUUUCUUCGGAACCUGUUGAGCAGGAAAACAUUGAUGGCCAUGCCAGCUUGUAUAUUGACCAUCUGCUCGACCGCAAUGAGUUUCGCCAACUGUCCCGGCCAAAUAGCAGCCAUGACCAGUUAACGACACUCCUGGGACCCAGCCCCAAUAUCUCGUUCUUUCCCGCCAAGCGCGUCCAGGCCAUCAGCCAACGCCUCGGCCACACCAAGCUCGAGAACCUGCUUGAUACCAUUCGGGUGUUUAUCGCAUCAAGGUUGAAGAGUUCCAGUUCACCUGCUCUCCCUAACCUCGAUGAUUACUUUGAUCGCAAUGCAGAAAGCGCACAUCUAUCGCCGGGGCAGCCCUUGGUUGAAGAAUAUAUACGCACUUACAUGCAGCAAAUUCAUCCUUUCCAUCCAUUUCUCGACAGUCAUAGCUUUGAAAAGCGGGCGCUAUCCCCAACCAUUGAGCAGGACCUCGCCACUGACAAGCCGUGGGCCUGUCUAUACUACGCGGUAGUCGCCGUCGGCUGUCAACACAAUGACGGGGGCGGCUAUGAAACAAAGACCGGGUCGUCGUGGGCUUAUUUUGAGAGAGCGCUAGUUUUGUGGCGCGAUACCUGCCUGCUCAGGGGAUCCCUAACCUCGCUUCAGGCCUUGAUGGCAAUGGCCAUAUUCUGCCAAGCACUGUCUGGCUUUGGACUCGAGUCCGCAAUCCUUGCCGAGGCAGCUGUUCUGGCUCAGCAUCUUGGGAUAAACAGGAUCACCUCAGCAUCGGACAGUUCGUCGACACGAACAUUCUGGGUUCUGUUUUAUAUGGAAAAGACAUCAUGCUUUACAACUGGAAAAGUACCGACAUUACAAGAUGCACACAUCAGUUGUCCGCUUCCUGCUUCCGGUGUACGGCCCUUUAGUGACUAUGACUGGUUCGUGAGCUUCGUGCGAUACGCCCGCCUCGCAUCAAAGAUCCAAAGCCGGCUGUUGACAAUCUCCUCUGUGCCCCAACCAUGGGCGUCUCGCUAUUCCACGGUGAAGUCACUUCAAUCAGAGCUCCAAGGCUGGCGGGACUCGAUCCCUUCGCGUUUCCGCCCCGGCGAGCCCCUUCGACCAAGAUUACUACUGGAGACUCAUGCCGUUUCAAUUGCGCUUCGCUGUCAUUACUACUACCACUAUGCCUACCAGACGCUUACCUGGACGCUUCUCCAUUGCGAAAACGAUGGUCUGGAUGCCGGCCAGCUAUUGGAUCUGAGGACGGAACUGAUGCAGACUGCUCGCAGUAUGCUUGAACUCACAAGUUACAUUGAAAUCUCGCCAUCCACCCCUCUCUGGCUCCUGGCCUUAAUGCCCCUCUCUUCUCUGAUGAUCCUAUUCGACCUAGUAAUUCACAACCCCAGUCACCCCGAAACGAGCCUCAAUAUGGCACUCCUGGACAUUGCUAGCGGACACUUCAGUCGGAUCGAGUACUCCAGCAACGGCAUCCUCCCGGGAAGCCUGAUAUCGGAGUUUGCGCACUUGGCCCGGCAGUACAUCUCCGAUAUCCGGCUCAACACAACCCGUCAGCACGGUUAUCAGUCUACAGCAAGGAACACGGGCUUCCGCAUCGCACAGCCUCCACAGAAACGAUUAUCAUUGUCUUCAACUGCCCACAACAUGGUGACUGAGUCACAUACUUCUCAUGAGAUUCAGAUGUCGUCAGAUACGCCGCUGAAGCACACUUCCAGUGCCAUGGCCCACCAGCAGGUAGAGCAAUCGAGUAACGCUGGACACGAUUUGACUACGUCUCUAUCUGACAUGGCGUCUAUGACCGCAACUCACGAUCAGCUCUUUCUCCCUCAGGUCGAUGCGAACAUGAUCGAUCUGCAGUUCCUGGGGGUGGAUUUGAUGGGAUUGUUCGAUCCUGCCUUCUAUCCAUAAAUAGCCGUACCACUCUGCUCUUGGGUGUUUCAAGCCGCUCCACUCUAUUCCAUUUGUGUACAUGAUUGCAUUGUGCUCGAGCAACGCUCCCAAUAUGAAGGGAGAAUCUCACACCCAGUACCUUUUGUAGUAGAAUAGCCAGAUAUACCUUGUAUGCCUCAUAUCUCGGUCAGCCCAUUGCCAAUGACCCGCUAUAUACACUGCCGACUUUCGUCCAACCCCAAAUCAGGCAAUACUCUACUGCCACCAAACUAGAUCCGUCUGCCUCAGCGUAUUCGACCCGCAAUGCACCUCGCCAUUACUCAAAUGAUGACUGAAAUAAUCCUCGACAAAGGUAACAUUCAUCCCCGCCCGCGCAUAAACCUCAUUCACCGCAGCCGCAAUAACAUCCACCCCGUCAACAACCGGCCCAAACGGAUUCGGACUGAUAUAAUGGCUCCCGAUAACAACGCCGUUUAUCGGACCGGGGAUGAACGCGCCGAGCUGGUACUCGCCCUCCAGCACGGGCGGCCAGUAGUAAUCCAGCCCGUCGGGGCGAACGUAUGUACCGCCUGUCGACGUAUCGUGGUACAGACCGGGGACUUCGAUGACGUCGUCGCGCGCAAGGGGGAUGUCGCCGAGGAGGAUGUCGAGGUUAUGGUCGAUCCAUUUCUGCGCGUAGGUGUUUACUUGGAUGAAUGUUUCGUUGGCAAGUACGUCGUCGAUCGUCAUGUUUAGGAAAGGGGGCAUUUCUUCGUCGAAGCGCUGGAGUUGCGGUUCCGCGUCGAAGCUUAUAGCGGGAACCCCGCCGUGCCCGUUCGAUUGCGCGCUGUAGAGUAUCUCAAGAGCGGCGCGCGGACUCGCGAUCCCGAUCGUGAAACCAAGAUCAUUCUCGUAGGGCAAGAACUGAACGAACUCAUCAACAUGCCCCACACGCAACCACCCCGUCUCGAGGAAAAGCGUAUUCUGCACGUCCUGGCCCAUGAUCAGAUCACGGAUCGCUUGUGCAGGAUACUCCUCGUAAUGUUUACCCUGGAUAACUCGUCCCGCUUUGUAGAGAACACCCGACUUCGAGCGAUAGGGCGGAAUCGUCUCGAGGUUUCCGUAGCUGUUGAUGGUGUGGUAUCCGAAGCCCGAGGCCGCGAAGCCGAUUCCCGACGCGCUGCCUGGUUGGAAAGAGCCUACACCGGGGCCGCGGAGCUGUUCCAUUAUCUGCCGGCCGCCGGUACGUGUUGAUUGGGCGGAGCGAAGCAUUAUGCGUAGUGAGAUGGGGCCGUUGGGGCCCGGCAUGCUUGUGUACGCGGGCUCGAGGAUAUCCUGGGCCCAGACGUCGGAGGACUGGUUGAAUAGAAGCAGCGGGGUUUCGAUCCCGGCGGCUUCGCGGGCGGCGUCCAUUUGCUGGACGAAGUACUGCUGGAUCGGGUUCGUGUCGUUUGCUUCGGUUGUUACAAGCUGUUCCACGCGCUGCAGGUGGUGGUGCGUUAGGACGGGUGCAACCUUGAGCGCGACUGAAUCGCUGACGUGGCUUGAUGAGCCGGGGGUAUCGUAGACGUCAAAGUUGACGGUAACAUGGCCGUCCCAGAUCUCCUUGUCCUUAACAAACUCGCGCCCGUCAAUACCGAGGAUUAGGCCCGCGCUGAGCUGCGUCGCGUUGAAGUUGAAUUGGCGGUCGAUCAGUCUCCAUGAUUCUGUCGCGUUGGGGUUCUCAAUGUCAUCUAGAAGGAAGAUUCGGACCCGCUCGUAGGCUUCACGAGGGGUCGCGUAGAUGUGCGCAGUCACGCCCUCGGAAAUAUUGCCCAGAGGAACCGUUCGCACCGGUGCAACGUAUUCGGGCGCGAGAAGGAGGUGGCCCGAGGCGUCGUUGCAGUAGGCGAGCUCAUCGUUGCUCAGCGGGUUGCCGGCCAGAUCCUCGUUUGGACAGCGACGGUACUUGUCGCCUACAUUUGCGAGGAAGACUGCACCGCGGGAUUCAGACCAACGGCCUUUGGCGUACACGUCCGAGUCUCCAUCAAGGUCCACGACUCCAUCGCGGUUGGUGUCUGCGCGGAUGUCGGGUCUUAUAGAGGAAGCUUGGACUGCGUGACCGAGCAGGAGGCACGAGGCUAGAAUCUGUGUAGAAGAGAGCAGCCGCAUUUUGAGGAAGCUCCGGCGGAGGCGCUGUUGGAU